AUGCCGGACCCGGCCGAUAUCAUCGAGCCUGGCCUCGAAGACAACUCCAGUGGCACCGGCGAGUUCGAGCCGCUCGAGUAUACGGCCGACGAGCCAAGUUUGCACCAAUGUCUUGGCUCGGCAAUCUACAGGCACUCCUUUGAAAAUGGCAGAAGGUACCACUACUUUCGAAAUGGGAAAUACCCGAUACCCAACGACGACAUUGAGCAGACCCGCGACGACAUGAAGCAUGCCCUCCUACUGGAACUCACAGGCGGACAACUGAUCCAUGCCCCUAUCGGUGACAACCCUCAAAAAAUCAUUGAUAUCGGAACUGGAACAGUAGGAGAUAGGUAUCCUAGGGCCGAAGUCGUCGGUGUUGACCUCUCCCCUAUUCAGCCAGUCUGGCUGCCACCGAACGUCAAAUUCAUCAUUGAUGACGUCGAAGACGAGUGGUUGACGGUCCACAGGAAAUACGAAUAUGUCCAUGCUCGGAACUUGAUAUCCUUCACCGGCAACCCCUCCAAACUAUUGGCCCGAUGUUACGAGAACAUGAAACCUGGGGCCUGGAUUGAAGUGAGCGACUUUGGCGCUGACGUCCUAUGCGAUGACGGCACCAUGCCCCCGGAUUGGCCCUUGAAACAGAUGUUUGGUAAGCUGUCUGUGGCGAUGCACAACCUCGGGAAAGAUAUACAGAUUGCGCCACAGGUCGGACAACUCGUUGAGGAAGCCGGCUUCGUUAACCUUACGCGGAAGGUGUACAAGGUGCCCGUGGGGAUAUGGCCGGCCAACAGGACACUGCGCCUUGUGGGCAUGUACAUGCGCCAGGUGACGGAAGAUUUCCUGGACGCCGUGGCUGCGAAGCCAUUUCGGACACUUGGUAUGACUGAGGAGGAGAUUUCAGCAUUCAUGUCCAGCGUCUUGGAGGCACUGUACGACCGGUCCGUCCACAGCUACAACUGUUACUAUAUCUGGGUGGCUCAGAAGCCGGUCGAUGCGAAAGACUGA